AUGUUCGUGACAUUCAAGUCCUCUAAGGAAGGUCGUAGUCGUGAUGCCAGGAGUGAAGCGAUGCCUGGAACAGGCACGAAACGGAAGCGGACGACUGUUCUAAGAGCCUGCAAUUGGUGCCGCCAAAAUCGCGUUAGAUGUGAUAACGGCCGGCCGUGUGAGAACUGCCGAUUGCGAAAGCAGCAUUGCCCGAGAGAACCAACGGGGGAUCCUAAGGAAAUCGAAUAUUUGCGGUCGCGGAUCGCGGAACUAGAAGAGCGGCUUCGAGCAACACCUGAGAGUCUGGGAGGAUCUCAUUCCGUCCUAUCGGACCAAUUCACUCCCGGCUGGAGUUGGCCAGAUGCAUGGCUCAGUGAUCCACGAAGCCCGGGAAAUCCGCCUCUCUACUUCGGGCCCACGUCUUUUGUAUAUUUCGCAAGUCGCGUGUGUCGCAACCUAGAGAGUGUGUUCCAUAAAGCUGCCUUGGGGGCGAGCUUGAAAACAUUCACAUUCAAUGAAACAUCGGGCGUCUUGUCGGACGAUAAUGGUGAACUACUAAGCAACCCUUUGACCAGAAGACAAGAAGAGUUUCUUCUUGGUUUAUUUUGGCAGUCCUACCAUUUUGUCUUCCCUGUGGUCGACGAAGCGGACUUUUGCAAUCACUAUGAUUCGCUUUGGAGGGGUGAAGACUAUCACAGCUCUGAGUCUCUCGCCCCCGAGACGACCCGAGACUCAUCGGCGUUGGCGGAUAUUGCUUUGGCUCUUUGCAUACAGCAUACAGCAUCUAUGAUGUCCGACAACGAUCCAACGCAGGAUGUCUACUCCAACAGAGACGGAGACUGGUUAUAUCAUCGUUGCCAGCGGGCACUUGAGGAUCCUAAGACCCGUCCAUCGUUAUACACCCUCCAGACUAUCAUCUACUCAAUUGUCUAUCUGAUAAACUCCUCGUGUCUUGAUAUUGCUCGUCGCUCAUUAGCAAAUGCGGUACAAACCGCUUACAGUCUAGGGCUCCACCACAACUAUCCAAGCGGUUCUGACUUGCAACUGAAGAAUACCCAAAAGCAGGUUUGGUGGGCAAUUUACUCCCUAGACUGUUUACUCUCGUUCAAGAUGGGCCAGCCAUGCAUCAUAAACAUGGCCGACGCCACUAUCGAACCGCCUGAUCUCCCAGGCCCAGUGCCUUCGGAAGCGACUAUAAACGGACCUGGGGAAUUUAGUAGAUUAUGGUAUUUCUCUCAGUAUCUCAAGCUACUGUCAAACAUCCGCUCCGUAUCCUCCGACAUCUUACAAAACUGCGCAAACCUUAUGAGCCAAAGCGGAAUCAGCUCCUCCGUCCACCAAGAGCCCGCCAUUCGCCAACGCUGCUCUGCGUACCUCAAAGAAUCGAUCAAGCCACUCCACAGAUGGGCCCGGGAGGUCCCAUCAUUUCUCCGACUCAAACGCCAGGGCGAUGGCGAGUCCUUCUCCACAACGAACGUCCCCCUAGACUUCGACCACUACAUCCCAAUAUGGGUCCAGCGACAGCCCGACCGAAAUGAUGUCCAUGCCCUCGACCACGCCGUGGCCAGCAUUCGCAUAAUUGACCAGAUCCUCUCCGAGGCCAACGUGUUGAACUCCUGGCACGAUGCGUAUCAUUAUGCCUGGGACGCAGCCCUGACAGUCUUCGCUUACACCCUCGUGCACCCCCUGUGCCCCUAUACGUUCGCGGCGCGGUGCGCAAUCGACACAGCGAAGAGUAUCUUCGACAGAUUCUUCCAGCAUGGCUUCCCCACUGCGGCGGCGGCUUCGAGGAUCACGGCUGAGGUGAAAGAAGUGGUAUACUCGCAUGCUCGAUCCUUCAAAGCCGGGCCCAGGCCUUCCGGUCCACUAUCUAUUGCCACUAGGCUCGAAAGCCCGGAAUUCAACAUGGACUUUUUCAAAACAGGUUUAGACGAGAGGGUUUUCGCACCAGUCCUGGAAUUUGAAACGGGGAGACCCGUAGAAGUGGAUCUGUUUGCAGGAUCUAGCGCGUUACAGAUAGAAGGGCUCGGUCUGGAUCCCGGUAUGGCUCCAUUAGACGAUUUAGAUUUUGUCUGA